AUGAAGUCAAACACCACAGCCUUGAAAACAUCCGGCUUCAACACCCUUAUCAUGUUCGGUGUCGGCAUCCUCGAUAAUGGCGACAUAAUGUACUACUCGAACACCGCAGGAAGUAAGGACGUUAAGAUAGCAGCCAACGGUGCAUACGUUGGCGGCGACGCACUCGCCGACAAAGUCCGCUCAUUCAAAAAAAACGAUACAGGUAUCGACAGGCUCGAGAUCUCGAUGAACGCCCAGCAUGUCCGCGACCUGAUGGCUGCACCAGGGCCAAGCACUGAGACACCACUGUAUCGUAACUUUGAGGCGCUGAAGACGGCAUGGAGUCUUGACGCUGUGAAUAAUGACGACGAAUCUAUAUAUCACUCGUCCAGCACAGUCUCCUUUGCAAAGAUGCUCGGCAAAAUCGGAUACAAAUAUACCAUCUCCCCCUACACCAGCACCAAUUUCUGGCGCACCAUCACCACGCAGCUGAACGACGGUCUCACAGAGCCCAAUCUACUUAUGGACAGAGUGUAUCUACAGUGCUACGACGGCGGCGCAAGCAAUGAUCCUGCGAGCUGGCAGAGUUCGCUGGGCAUGAAGGUUGUACCGCUAGUGUGGGUUACGAAUGAUUCGAAGCCGAGUUAUGGGACGUCGGUUGCACAGGCGCGUACGAAGUUUACGGGGUGGAGUAAGAGGGGUGGAUUGGCGGGCGGUGGGUAUUGGAACGAUUAUGAUAUUGAGAAGAUGGGGUUAAGUUAUGCGCAGUAUGGGGAUGUUUUGAAGAGUGUAUUUCCAUGA